UUCUUUUUUCUCACUCAUCGUUUCUGUUUUCUCUUCUUCCUACAUUCUCUCUAGAAAAGAAAAGAAAGGAAAAGAAAAGAAAGAAAAAGAAGGGAGUGCAGGUAAAGAGAAGCACACACUUCACACACAAACCAAAAAUCAGGUUCAAACACAGAUCUGGGAGAAGAAGAAGAAGAUGGGGCAGGACCAGAACCAGAGAUCGCUGAUCUAUGCGUUCGUGUCUCGCGGCACAGUGAUUCUCGCCGAGUACACCGAAUUCAGCGGCAACUUUAACACAAUCGCGUUCCAGUGCCUCCAGAAGCUCCCUGCCUCCAACAACAAGUUCACCUACAACUGCGACGGCCACACCUUCAACUACCUCGUCGACAACGGAUUCACUUAUUGUGUUGUUGCGGAUGAAUCGAUUGGGAGACAGGUGCCUGUGGCUUUUCUGGAGCGUGCGAAGGAUGAUUUUGUGGCGAAAUACGGUGGCGGGAAGGCCACGACUGCGGCCGCGAACAGCCUGAACAAAGAAUUUGGGUCCAAGUUGAAGGAACAUAUGCAGUACUGUGUUGAGCACCCUGAAGAGAUAAGCAAGCUUGCUAAGGUGAAAGCUCAGGUUUCUGAAGUUAAAGAUGUCAUGAUGGAGAAUAUUGAAAAGGUUCUGGACAGGGGGGAAAAGAUAGAGCUUCUGGUUGACAAAACUGAAAAUCUUCAUCACCAGGCACAAGACUUCAGGAAUUCUGGGACCAAAAUCCGUAGAAAAAUGUGGCUGCAAAACAUGAAGAUAAAGCUGAUUGUGUUGGCGAUUUUGAUAGCCCUGAUCCUCAUAAUAGUUCUCUCUGUCUGCCGUGGGUUCAAUUGUGGAAAAUAAGCAUCAUUUUCCGAGGAGUCAUUUUACCUUGUUAUUUUGACCUUGUGAUUAUUUUAUGAGGAAAAGAUAUGGAAUGAAUGCAUGAUUUUGUAUGUAGUAAAGAUAUCAGAUCGUAUACUGUUCAUUUUAAAGGUUUCACAGUAUCAUAUAAGAAUGCUUUGGAAAUAUUAUUUUGUUUGUGUAUUGUAGUUCCAUUUUCAUUCA